AUGCAUAGUUCCGCUCAAUUUCUUCCGUUACAAAGAGAAAUUGCAUGUGUGACGACGAUUAUUAAAACGAAUGCUUUCAAAAAUUUGUGUUUAUUGGGUCCAGAAAUCGAGAUAAUAAAAAAAGCUGAAAGCCUUCCAGGAUGUGACACCAACUAUGUGAACAAGAACAACUUGUGCUCCCUUGCCAAAACACCCGAGACACCCACGCCACCUCCAGAAUCGCAAGUUCUAACGCCAUCCACGGAAUCGCCGGUAUGCAAUCCGACUGUUGCCGUCACUUCUGGAACUACACAAUUUCCACUAACACGAUACACAACCGAGAAAUUGACCCCAGAGCCACCGCCACAAGUUCCGAAAGAGUUGGAGGAUUAUGAAGAGCUUGAUGGUGACGAGUACGAUCCAGAUUUUCCGACAGUCCCACCUCGUAAAUAUUAUUUUUAUUAG